ACUGAAAAAGAAGAAGAGUCGUAAAUAAAAACUCAACUCAAAAGUCUCCAACUACAAAGUCUCCGGUGCGGCGUGGAAACUGUGUGAAAUAAGUGUGCGAUUAAAAUACCAUGAAUAAAAUGAGAAAACCGAAAUCUAUUAGGCCUCCAAUGCCUAUAGUCACACCAUCUACAAGUAGCAAUGGAACUGAUGUCUUAGGAAGUGCCGAAGCUGACAGACAAUUUGAACUGGAAUUGUGCUGGUGUGUGCAACAAUUGGAAACUGCAUUGAACACUGGAAAGCUUAGUCAAAAAGUAGCCGAAGACACGGUAAAGAAUUUAAAGAUUUUAAAGGGACGACAUCCCAUAAUUAAAAAACGUCAAGUUAUGAAAGCAUCCAUGGGAGAUUAUAGGUCCAAAAUGAAAGAGGAAGAAAAGAAAAUGUCUUUGGCUCCCAAACAAAUAAAAUUCACAUCUACCUCGGCAAAUGAUGUCAAAAAAUCGAGCUUUGUUAAGAAAGCGGCGAUAUUAAGUUCGGGAAAAGAUUUUAAAUUUGAUUUUAAAGUGCCCGAAGCUGCCGAAACAAAUGGCAAUGCAACACCACAGGACGAGACCAAUGUUGCAAAGAAAACGGACGACUUUAGCAUUAAGAAAAUAAAUCUUACAUCUGGAACUGGGUUUUCAUUUAAUUUCGCCAUAGACGAAGUAAACGAUGGCAUAAAUUUUGACGGUUUGAAUAUUAAAAAUUGAUAUAAUUUGGUUAUUUGUCUUAUUUUUUAUUAUUUGGUACAAACUAUACACCUAAUAGAAUAUGAAUAAAAUUAAAACUAAACUAUUA